AUGCGAUUUUUUAUUGUUUUGGUUGUUUUAUUAAUUGCGUUGAAUUUGAAAAUAUCAUUGGCACAAUUUAAUAUUCCACAAUGUAUUCAAAAGAAGAUUGAUAGUAUCUUAGCUGAACCAGUUUGGAAUCCACCAGCUACAAUCAGGAAAUAUUCAUAUAAUAAUAAACCAACAUAUUUAUUGAGCAGUAAUUGUUGUGACCAAUUUAAUGAUCUUUAUGAUAAAUCAUGCAAUCGUAUUUGCGCUCCAUCGGGUGGAUUUACAGGUCAAGGUGAUGGACAAUGUAGGGAUUUUUAUCAAACAGCUAAAUUUCUUGGUGACGUCUGGGUAGAUAAACGAUCACGUGAAAAAUAA